AUGGUGGAUAAGGAGAUUAAGAAGGACCGAUAUCAUGAGAUGUUGAGGAGUGACAUUCAGCAGUUUGUGAGUCGAUCCAGCUGCAUGACGCUGGAGGAUAUGAUAGCUCGAGCUAAGGAGAGGGAAAUUGACCUGGAGAUGGAGAGGAAGAGGAAGUCAGAUGAGGUUCAGACAUCAGGGGAUUCGAGCAAAAGACCCAAGGUAUCAGAUUCCAGAUCGAGGGGUCAUCGGGGUCGUAGCCGCUGUGGUAAGUGCGACAAGGCGCACGACGGACCGUACGUGGGUGGUGAUUCUGGAUGCUUCAAGUGCGGUCAGAUGGGUCAUUAUAGCAAGGGUUGUAUUGCUACCACCUCCCAAGGAUCAGAUCUUAUUUCCUUUCAUUGCAAUCAGAGGGGCCACAAGAAGGCUCAUUGUCCGAGUUUGGCUUCAGUAGGACCGGUGUCAGCACCCGAUCCUAUGACUCUUCAGAUUACUGAAAGUCGUCAGGUCUUGGCAGACGCGCCUGUGGUCAAGAGCAGGGCUUUCCUGUUGACGGCCGAGGAGGCGCGUGUAGCUCCUGAUGUGGUGAUGGGAUCGCUCCCUGUGAAUGGUAUUUCUGCUUUGACAUUGUUUGAUUAG